AUGACUGUUGACACUUCGCCAUUAUUAGACAAAUUGGGGCCUGUGAGCCUAGUCGGCUUCAUACUUCUUUCAGGAGUAUUUUUCUUGUUGAGUUCAGCACGGAAAUCCGACCUUCCUCUUGUGAACGGAAAGCGACCAUUUGAGUUUGGGAUUGCCAAAGCUCGUCAACGAUAUCUGAAAAAUGCCCAUGAUCUAAUAACGUCUGGUCUGGCUAAGGCUGGUGCAUUUCGCAUCGUGACAGAAAAUGGCACUAGAACUAUCUUGUCGCCUAACUACGCUGAUGAUAUUCGAAGUCAUCGUGACCUGAGCUUGAGUGCUGCUUUGGUUAAGGAACAUCACGUCAAUAUUGCAGGGUUCGACGCAGUGAAAGUCACAGUGACAUCUGAUAUCAUCCAAGACACUGUCCGAACCAAGCUCACUCAAAAUCUUUUGAACAUUACAGAGCCCAUGUCAGAGGAAGCGACUAUUUUGUUGAAAGAGCAAUGGACGGAAAGCACCGAGUGGCAUGAUAUCCCCCUUAGGCCCAAAAUUCUAGGCAUAGUUGCUCAGCUGUCUUCCAGGGUGUUUUUGGGUGAUAAAGUCUGCCGUAACCCAGCCUGGCUAAGUCUCACCGUCAACUACACUAUUGAUUCCCUGAUGGCUGCUGCCGAGCUCCGACUCUGGCCUGAGCUGCUGCGCCCGAUUGCGGCCAAGUUUUUGCCCAAAUGCAAGAAAAUUCGAAAGCAGCUUCAAGAGGCCCGGGCUAUUAUCCAGCCUGUUAUCGAUGAGCGUAUAGUGGCCCAGAAGGCGGCAAUUCAGCAUGGAAAGCCCCAGGAGCGAUAUCAUGAUGCAAUCCAGUGGCUUGCGGAGAACACCAAGGAUCGUACCUUUGAACCUGCUGCAAUGCAAUUGGCUCUCUCCACUGCAGCUAUUCAUACCACAACUGAUCUCCUUACUCAGACUGUCCUUGACCUUUGUGGACGAGACGAACUUAUCCAAGAACUGCGGGAAGAGAUCAUUUCUGUGUUCAAAGAUGGCAGUUGGGAUAAGAGCACAAUGUAUAAGCUCAAACUGAUGGACAGUGUGAUUAAGGAGUCUCAGCGAGUCAAGCCCAUGGCAAUCGCCAAAAUGGCACGUUGCGCCGAGCAGGAUGUUAAGCUUUCCGAUGGAACUAUUAUUCCGAGGGGUGAGAUCAUUCUUGUCUCCUGCAGUAAAAUGUGGGACGCGAGUGUAUACCCUGAUCCGAACACUUUUGAUCCCCAUCGAUUCCUCAAAAUGCGCCAACAGGGCUCAGAUCAAGAGAGCUUUGCUCAACUGGUUUCGCCUUCCCCAGAGCAUAUGGGAUUCGGCUUUGGAAAGCACGCUUGCCCUGGACGGUUCUUCGCUGCCGCCGAGCUCAAAGUAGCUUUAUGUCAUAUUCUUAUGAAGUAUGACUUCAAGGUGGCAGAGGGAUGUAAUCCAAAGGUGUUGAAGUCUGGGAUGAGACUUGCAGCCGACCCAUUUGCCAGAAUUGCGAUUAGAAGAAGGGAAGAAGAGAUUUAUUUCUGA